CCCCACCCUUCCCUUUUCCCCAAUCACCAACCUCAUCGUCUCCUCUUUCAUCACAACCCCACCAACCCAAAUGACCAAAAUGCCCUUCUCCCCACCCCCCCUUCCAUUGCUUACCUCAUUUCUGGAUCCACUCAAGACUCUUCUAGAAUCAUCCGUUUGCUCUUUUCCAUUUACCAUCCAAGAAACCAGUAUUUACUUCAUCUUAAUAAAAAAGCUUCUCAAUCUGAACGUGACAAUCUUGCACUGUAUAUUCAAUCUGUACCACUUUUUAAAGCUGCACAGAAUGUGAAUUUUAUUGGUAAAGCUGAUUUUGUAUACCCAAUUGGCUCUUCUGCUUUGUCUGCUACACUUCAUGGAGCUUCCAUUCUUCUCCGUGUCUCUACUCAUUGGGAUUGGUUUAUUAAUCUCUCUGCUGCUGAUUAUCCACUUGUUACUCAAGAUGAUCUUCUACACAUUCUGUCAUAUCUUCCCAAGGAUCUUAAUUUUGUCAACCACACAAGCUACAUAGGGUGGAGAGAGUCACGGAAGUUGAAACCAAUAGUUGUUGAUCCUGGGCUCUAUCUUGCAGAAGAAGAUGAAGUAUUUUUUGCAACUCAAAAGAGGGAACUGCCCGAUGCUUAUCAAUUAUUCUCAGGGUCUUCAUCUGCUAUUUUGAGUCGGAAGUUUAUCGAGUUCUGCAUCUUAGGCACAGAUAACCUACCAAGAACUCUGCUAAUGUACUUGUCAAAUUCACCAUCCUCGGCAUCUGUUUACUUCCCUACCAUUUUGUGCAAUUCACGAAAGUUCAAUAAAACUACAAUCAACCACAACAUGCAGUAUGCUUCAUUUAACUCAAGACAAGAGGCUCGUGAACUCAAUUCCAGUGACUUUGAUGACCUGGUGAUGAGUGGAGCAGCAUUUGCCACACUAAUUAAGGCAAAUGAUCCGAUUCUUGACCAGAUAGACCGUGAACUUCUCCACCACAAGUACGAUGAACCAGUGCCUGGCGGAUGGUGUUUAGGUGAUAAUGAAACUGACAAAUGUACUCUUUGGGGAGAUGCUGAAGUUCUAAGACCAGGUCCAGGAGCAAAGAGGCUGGAAAAACAUUUUAUUGAGCUCUUCAGCAAUGGUACAUUUCAGUCUAGCCGAUGUGUCUACGAAUAGAGCUCCCUCAAGAUGAGCAACAUACAAAAGAGAAGAAGACUCAAAGAUACUUUCUUUUUGCCCGAGACUCGAAAAGAUUCACACGAGCCACCAAGUGCAUCAUGUAGUUUUAUGUCAGCAAUUUUGACAGAAAGCUGAUUGUUGUAUAUUCAGUUUUUUCAAAAGGGAGGUUGUAUAUUGGAUUGGCUAGUACUGUUGAGGCAAUAGAAAUCAAUUCCCACAAAUUUCUUUCAUGUCUUAGAACUAAGUCCUUUUGCAUUGUGAUAGAGCAUCUAUGUUAUCUAU